CAAAGACGGCUCCCCAAAGUGCAAAUUAUUAAAGCCCUCGCUUUCUCCUAUUCUCAAUCUAUAAACCUCAAAGAAUCCAACAACAUGGUCAAAGAUCGAAACGUUUCUCCCUCGGAAAACACCGACGAGGAAACGGGAACGCCAUCGAAAUCGAAAUCGAAAUCGAAAUCGAAAUCGAAAUUGAAAUCUGAGUCAGAGUCUGAAGAUACAAAGUCCAAAAGCCAUAGCAAAAGCGACAAAGGGAAAAAACAAAGCAAAUCUCGAAGAAGACACAGCGGCAGCGGUAGCAGUGAAGAAGAUUCGUAUUCGGAUUCAGAAUCCCAAUCGGAGUCCGACUAUUCGGAACGGAAUAGGGUCUCGAUUCGGAGAGGAGGAGAGAAGAAAGAGGAAGAAGAGAGAGAAGAAAAGGAAAGGAAAAGGAGGAGAGAAAAAAGGAAGGAGGAAAGAGAAGGAGAGAAGAAGAGAGAAAGAGAAAGAAAAAAGAAAGAAAGGAAAGCAAAGAAAAAGGAGAAGUCAGAGAGAGGAAAGAAAGGUGCAGUUACUGAUUCUUGGGGAAAAUAUGGUAUCAUCAGAGAAACUGAUAUGUGGAAUAAGCGGCCUGAAUUCACAGCAUGGUUAGCUGAAGUAAAACAGAUGAACUUGGAAAGUUUGCCCAACUGGGAAGAUAAGCAGUUGUUUAAAGAAUAUUAUAAUCUUGAUGCUUGUUAUAAGCUUGAAAUGGAGAAAGAGAGCAAGAAGGGUGUUAAAAAGGUUCUCCAAGCAGAGUGUACUGUAUUCAAUGAUGAAGAACAACGCCGGCAAGAACUGCUUAUGGCUCGUGAAAAGCAGAAGGAAGAAGAGGUCGAAGCUUUGAUACGUGCCAUGCAAAGUGGAAUGGCACAAGAAAUGACCGAGCAAGCUCAGCUACGGGAAGAGAUGACUUACAUGUACAAAAUUGGCAACUUUGAGGCUGCAGCUGCCAUACAAAAACGGCUGGAUCCAGAUGUUGCUAUGUAAGAAGAAUGGCCUAAGACGGUGCUAACAAUUACUACGAAUCCAUGGAUUCCACAUUGGGUAUGUAAGAUGCUUGAAAUAUCGAUCAGCUCUAAGCUUUUACAUCGACUGCUUAUGGAGAAUGGUAUCACGACUAUUCAUACUACGAUGAAUGUAAUUGUAUCCAUUUUACCAGGAUAACAGUUUCUUGACUACUCAUACUAGGUUGAAUGUAA